AUGGAGCGCGAACAAUCACUUCUAGCCCCGAGGGUCUCCUCUGAAAGGUCGUCUCUUCGGGCCGAUGAAGAGGAGGAUUCUCUCCUGACCGGACGACGAUACGCUUACGCUCAUCCGCAGAAACGACGAGGCUGGGUCUUUUGGCGUGAGAUUGGAGCCUUUGCAUGGGCUCUCAUUGCCACAAUUAUAGUAAUUAUUCUUGCCGUGGUCUACCAGCGCGAAACAGCCAAGAGUCACCGCCAAUACGACCUGCAACCCCCAGUAUCCUGGGGCCCUGACGGAAAGCCGACUGGCAAGCGCAACCUGAUCUUCAUGGUCUCCGAUGGAAUGGGACCGACUAGUCUUGAACUUACAAGGAGCUUCCGCCAACAUACGGACAACCUGCCGGCUGGCGACAUUCUCGUCUUGGACCAGCACCACAUUGGGACUUCGCGGACACGGUCCAGCUCGAGUCUUGUCACCGACUCGGCCGCUGGUGCCACGGCAUUUUCGUGCGGCCUUAAGAGUUAUAAUGGGGCUAUCUCGGUGCUGCCAGAUCACUCGCCUUGCGGCACUGUUCUCGAGGCUGCUGCGUUAGCAGGUUAUAAAACCGGGCUGGUCGUGACGACCCGCCUGACGGAUGCCACGCCUGCAUGCUUUGCCUCGCACGCCAACCUGCGUCAAUAUGAAGAUAGCAUUGCCGAACAGGAAAUUGGUGAGCACCCUUUUGGUCGGGUGGUGGACCUCAUGAUGGGCGGUGGCCGAUGCCACUUCCUGUCCAAGUCCACGGAGGGAAGCUGCCGGGGUGACGAUCGGGAUCUGGUGGAGGUUGCCUCCCAGAAUGGGUUUAAUUAUGUGAAAGACCGUGCUGGUUUCGAUGCGCUCAACAACGGCACAAAUGUCAACCUGCCGCUGCUGGGCCUCUUCGCUGACAAGGACAUUCCGUACGAGAUUGACCGUCGCAACCAGAACGAUGUCUAUCCGUCGUUGGAAGAGAUGGCCCGCACUGCGCUGACCGCCCUAAGCAAGGCGACCGAGGACAGUGAACAGGGGUUCUUCCUUAUGAUCGAGGGAUCGCGCAUCGACCACGCUGGCCACGGCAAUGAUCCUGCUGCGCAGGUGCACGAGGUACUGGCGUACGACAAGGCUUUCUCUGCCGUUCUGGACUUCCUGGAGAAGGACUCGACACCCGGAGUUAUGGUCAGCACGUCCGACCACGAAACUGGCGGCCUGGCGGCCGCGAGGCAACUGCAGAAGAGUUACCCCGAGUACGCAUGGUUCCCGAAGGUUCUCGCUGAUGCGAACCACUCGGGCGAAUACCUCAAUAGCCAGCUGAAAGAAUAUCUGGCUGGCCCGGGCAAGGAGGACAGUAAGUCGAAGCAGGAGGCGUAUGUUCGCGACACCCUCCUGAAGAAGGGGCUGGGCAUCACGGAUGCCACAGACAAGGAGGUGGAAGCCAUUCUUCAUGUGGAGCGGGAUGUUCCUCCCGACUAUGUUUUCGCGGAUAUGAUCAGCCGCCGAGCCCAGCUUGGCUGGUCCACCCACGGACACUCCGGUGCCGAUGUCAACAUCUACGCAUCGUCCACCAAAGACGCCUGGCCGUUGGUCGGCAACCACGAAAACACCGACGUGGGCAACUUCAUCGCCAGCUACCUGGACCUCGACAUCGACAACGUCACCCAGAAGCUCCAAUCCGCGUCCAAAUGGAAGCCCUUUAAGAAGGACAAGGUCUCGAGAUCCACCGAGCAUGCCUGGCUGGGUGACCCCCUGGGCUCUGAUGUCCGGGCCGACGGACUGGAUCCGUACCAUGGAGACUUUUCGAAGCGCUCUGCUGAUGACUGUGGGUGCGGUGCCGCCCAUUAA